AACCGCGCCAGGCCAAGGUCGACACUCCUGGGUGGUGAAGACUGCAAAGCUCGUCGCCAAGCACAGACACAAACGUAGAGCUAGCCAUGGCGGCCACGUCGCCGUUGCCGCGGUGGGCGCCGACGCCGAGCCCGUCGCGGCCGCUCUGGCGCUGGGGGGCCAGCGGCGGCACCCCGGACGCACGGACCGGCCGCGGCAGCGCAACUGGCACUGGCUGGUCGUUCGGAAGCAUCUUCUCGUGGGCUAGCGGCGGCAGGCACGCUACUCCGACGUCAAACGGAGCAGGAGCAGCCGGCGACAGCGGCGCCUGUACUCACGGGUCGGGAUGUGAGCUGGUGCCGGCCGCGGGCAUGGCGGUGGGCGGCGCGGACGUUGACACGGACCCCAUGGUGUUCCUGACGUGGGAGGACGUGCGCGUGACGGUGGCCGGCGGUGCGCCGGCGGUAGAGAUCCUGGACGGGAUCAGCGGGUACGCGCAGCCUGGGGAGGUGCUGGCGAUUAUGGGCCCGUCCGGGUGCGGCAAAACGACGCUCCUCGACACCCUCGCAGGAAGGUUAGGGCCCGGCAUGAAUAAAACCGGGUUGAUUUUAAUCAAUGGCCGGCAGGAGAAGCUUGCCUACGGAACCUCAGCAUACGUGACCCAAGACAACGUGCUCAUGUCGACGCUGUCGGUGCGCGAGGCCGUGUGCUAUUCGGCGCAGCUGCAGCUGCCGGACACGAUGCCGGCGUCGGAGAAGCGAGCGCACGCGGAGCGGGUGAUCAGGGAGAUGGGGCUCGGCGACGCCAUCGACACGCGCAUCGGCGGGCGGAUCACCAAGGGCAUCAGUGGCGGGCAGAGGAAGCGGGUGAGCAUCUGCAUCGAGAUGCUCACGCGGCCGCGGCUGCUCUUCCUCGACGAGCCCACCAGCGGGCUGGACAGCGCCGCCUCCUACCACGUCAUGAGCCACAUCGCGCGGAUCGCCACCCAGGAGGGCAUGACGGUCGUCGCUGCCGUGCACCAGCCCAGCGGCGACGUCUUCGAGCUCUUCCACAGGCUCUGCUUGCUCGCCUCUGGGAGGACCGUGUUCUUUGGGACACUCUCUGAUGCCACCGAGUUCUUCACUUCGAACGGCUUCCCAUGUCCACAUCUGAGAAGCCCAUCUGACCACUUUCUGAGAACAAUCAACAAAGAUUUUGAUGAGGAAACUGUCGGAAGUUCUAAAGCUAACAGAAAAAUGGCGGCUGAAGCAAUAGACAUUCUCACAAGUGCAUAUAAAUCGUCCAAUUAUUCAGAAAAAACAACAGGCCAAAUAGUUGAGAUGAAACACAUAGAUGGAGCUUUAUUUAAAAGGAGAGGGCAAGCAAGCUUUUCUACAAAGCUCCUUGUGCUCACGAGAAGGUCAUUCUUGAAUAUGCACAGGGACAUCGGAUACUACUGGAUGCGCUUGGCGGUCUAUAUGGGCAUUGGCAUUUGUCUCGGCACUAUCUUCUACAAAGUUGGUUAUGGUUAUAGUUCUAUCCAGACUCGAUGUGAAGUAAUAAUGUAUACUACUGCGCUUUUAACGUUCAUGACCAUUGGAGGAUUCCCUUCUUUUGUAGAGGACAUAAAGGUAUUCAGAAGGGAGAGGCUGAGUGGACACUACGGCGUGGCAGAAUUUGUGAUCUCAAACACCCUCUCAGCUACCCCAUACUUGGCCGUCAUCGCCAUAUUGCCCGGCGCUAUGCUGUACUACCUCACCGGGCUAACAAAAGGCGUGGAUCACUUCACUUACUUCGUCAUCAACCUUUGCAUGUGUUGCCUGCUGGUUGAGAGCAUGAUGAUGGUCAUUGCCGCCAUUGUUCCGGACUUCCUCAUGGGCAUCAUCGUCGGAGCUGGGUUGCAGGGAGUGAUGAUGCUCAAUGGCGGCUUUUUUCGCCUUCCCAACGAGCUCCCGAAGCCCGUAUGGAAGUACCCUUGCUACUACAUCUCCUUCCACAAGUACGCGGUACAAGGGUUCUACAAGAAUGAGUUCAUGGGACUGUCAUUCCCAAGUGAUCAGCUCGUCGAGUCCAAUGUCACCAUCAGUGGGAUUCAGGUCCUGAAGGACAAGUUGCAGGUGGAGAUGGGGUACUCCAAAUGGGUGAACCUUGCCAUCCUAUUCGGAAUGAUGGUGAUAUACAGGAUGAUGUUCUUUGCUAUCGUGAAGAUCGCUGAGGAAGUCAGACCGAAAUUGGGAGGCAAACGGGGAUGUGUUAGAUAGUCGCCGUCCGUGUAUGUUUCUUUUUCACACUGUUCUGGCAUUUUUCUUGCCUACUUAUGCUUAACCGUAAAGAUCUGGUUAUCCCACCAUGCUACGUUAAGAGGAAAUGGUGCAUGGUAUCUUCUUUUUAGGGAUAAUCAGUGAGACAAUACAAGAAUUGUGUAUUUACGAAUAAAUAAGAUGUUGAAUGCACAACCUAGCUUGAUACA